AUGUCCCAGACUCCGGCUUAUAUUUGCUUGUGUGAGAUCCCACCCAAGGUCCUAUCUUUUCUACUCUGCAGCUCAUUAAAACUCAACCUUAUAUUAGCUCUGUCGCUGUCUGCGGUACACGCGAUUUGGUGUUAUCCGGUCCUCUCUUCCAAGGUGCCUGGGAAGCCUGAUUACUUUCUCAUUUUGCUGAGUACCUGCCCAGCCAGGCUGGAGGGGAGCGACGGGCUAGCUUUUCUAAAGCCAAUUUUGGAGAAGACGUCGAUGAAAAGGUCCUUUCGCAACGGAGUCGGCUCAGGGGUGAAAAAAACUUCAUUUCGAAGAGCAAAGCAAUGAAUAAGUGUGCAAAGGACUCUGGGAAUUAAUCUCAAGCUAUGUAGAGUGUGACUGAUGUGCUAAAAGCGGUCGUAUCUUACCAUGAGAUGUUGCUU